AUGCCUCAGGUGUCGGCUACUGUCGACGCGACGCUCGGCCUCGUGCGCUGGUCCCCGAGCGGGCACUACGUGGCCGUCGUCAGCGGCAAUCGACUCGUGAUCCGCAACGCGCACUCGUUGCAGAUCGUGCAGCGGUACAGUGCACUACCCGUCGUGCAGUCGCUCGUGUGGUCCCGCGACUCGCAGUUUGUGCUCACGGCCGCACCCAAGCGAGCAGUGGUGCAGAUUUGGUCCGUCCACGACGUGUCCUGGAGCUGCAAACUCUCGGAAGGCGUUGCCGGGUUAGUCCAUGCGCGAUGGACGCCCGGAGGCCGUCACGUUGUGACAGUGUCGGACUUUCAGCUGCACGCGACCGUGUGGUCCCUGCACGAACCUGCAGUUCGGUACACGAUUUGCAACCCCAAGUUGGCGGCCGAAGGACUGAGCUUUGCAGCGAGUGGCGAGUUCCUGGCAGUUGUCGAGCGACACGAGUGUAAGGACUUCAUUGGCAUCUACAGCUGCGGGAACUGGACGCUCACGGCCCAUUUCCCGCUCGAAAGCUACGAUUGCGUCGAGAUCGUGUGGUCGCCUGAAGACGCUACGAUUGCGGUGCGGGAUACCCAUCUCGAGUUCCGGGUGCUGCUCUAUUCGCCCGAUGGCACGCUGCGAGCAAAGUAUCAGGCGUACGAGAAUGCGCUGGGGUUACGGACAAUGGCGUGGUCGACGUCUGGUCAAUUCCUGGCUCUGGGGAGCUACGAUGAGCAUCUGCGCGUACUGAGUCAUGUCAACUGGAAACCGAUCGCGGACUUUGACCACGAAAGCGUCGCAGUCACAAGCUCCCGAACAAAUGAAGCAGCGGUGGAACACGAAGAGCACUUUGCGGACGCCAAUGUCAUGGACCGACCACAAGGCAAACGCGUUGCAGUGCUUCAGUCUGCCUCGUCACUGCCUUCCAACUCGCUUCAGGCCGCUUCAGCAGCAGCCGAGGCUGGUGGUGGGAAAAAGAGUCGCGGUGUCAGCUUCGUGCCUCGCUACCCUCCCUUCUCGGUUCGGACGGUCGUCUCGGAUCCACUCGUGGCAAGUCCGGCGAUUGGUAUCAGUCGCGCGGUCUGGAGCGCCGACUCAGCAUACAUUGCAACCAGAAGCGAUCAAAUGCCGUACAACGUCUGGAUCUGGCGCAUGGAGAGCUUGACGCUCUUCGCGACCGUCUCACUGCUGCAGUCCGUGAAAAGUCUGCGAUGGGAUCCACUGCACACUCGCCUUGCAAUUACGUCGGGAGAGAACCGCGUGUACCUCUGGACCACCGAGGGCAUGUCUUGGGUCGAUAUUCCCACAAAGUCGUUUCAAGCCCGAGGUCUUCAGUGGGCACCGUCGGGCGAUGCACUCAUUGUCGUGGAUCGCCAGGAGUUUUGUUUGGUGACGCUGUAA